AUAACUGCGCCCGAUCUAUCCCCCUCUCCUCCUCCCCCCCGUAGCCUCCAAAAAUAACUCACGCGUACGAACGCCGCCGCAGCGAAGGCAGGGUGGAAAAAUAAACGAAAAGAAAAGGGAAAUAAAUCCCGUGUUCUCCGAUCGGAGGCGGCGACGGGCGACGAUGAGGGCGUCGAAGCGGCCGCUCGGCGUGGUGAUGGCGUGGGUGCGCCGGCAGCCGCCCAAGGUCAAGGCCUUCCUCGCCGUGGUCACCGGCAUGGCCGCGCUCGUCUUCAUCCGCUUCAUCGUCCACGACCACGACAACCUUUUCGUCGCCGCCGAGGCCGUGCACGCGCUCGGCAUCGCCGUGCUCAUCUACAAGCUCACCAAGGAGAGGACCUGCGCCGGACUAUCCCUUAAGACUCAGGAUUUAACUGCAUUGUUUCUAGCUGUUAGACUAUACUGCAGCUUUGUCAUGGAAUAUGACAUCCAUACAGUGUUGGAUACUGCUACACUUGUGGCUACACUUUUUGUUAUUUACAUGAUUCGGUUCAAACUUAGGUCAACUUAUAUGGUGGACAAGGACAACUUUGCAUUGUACUAUGUGGUGAUACCUUGUGCUGUGUUGGCACUAGUUGUUCAUCCUUCAACGUCUCACAACAUCGCAAACCGGUUUAGCUGGGCGUUCUGUGUUUACCUGGAAGCUGUCUCAGUGCUGCCGCAACUGCGUUUGAUGCAAAAUACCAAGAUUGUGGAACCGUUCACAGCUCACUAUGUGUUUGCGCUGGGGGUUGCGAGGUUUCUUAGCUGUGCCCACUGGGUUCUCCAGGUUCUGGACACCCGUGGGCGUCUGUUGACUGCGCUGGGCUACGGGCUGUGGCCAUCCAUGGUUCUCCUGUCAGAAAUCGUGCAGACCUUCAUCCUCGCGGAUUUCUGCUACUACUAUGUGAAGAGCCUGGUCGGCGGGCAGCUGGUGCUACGGCUACCCUCCGGGGUGGUGUAGGAGGAUGUCUGCGACGGGAGAAACGACUCGUCGGGUCACCCAUCAGAGGAGGAUAUUUUCAGUUACAGCUUACAAGUAUUAGUGAGAGAAAAUUGCAGCAGCAGACAUAGGUUUGUCGGUGUGUGUGUGUGUGAGAGAGAGACUGGUAACAGCAGCGUAUGUGUAUGACCUAACUUGAGAGUUAAUUUUAGCUUCCGUAUGCUUGUUUGUCGCCUCUAUUCUGGAAAAUCCCUCGUUUCUUGGAACCUGUUGAAAUUAUGA